AUAAAAUGGGCUACUGAUUACACAUAGCUACCAUUACUCUUCCUGGCCUGCAGCAGAACAGUCACAGCUCCAGUCAAGAAUAAUCUCAAGACUUGAUUUCAAAGAAAAUUAAGGAUGAAGAUGCAGAGUGUCUGUACUGUUUCCAUUUUGAUGUUUCUCUUUGUGCAAGCUGCCAAUGGGAGACAACUACGUCUUGCUCUGGAGGAUGAAUUCAACACAUUCAACCUGAGCCUAUGGAAGCACGAGAUUACACUAUCAGGAGGUGGUAACUGGGAGUUUCAAGCUUAUCUCAACAAUCGUUCAAACAGCUAUGUCAGAGAUGGGAUACUCUAUCUCAAACCAACACUGAUGGAGGAUCAGAUUGGGCUAGCUAAUGUCAAAGGACAACCGAAUGGGUUUACUUUCAACAUUUGGGGAGGAGCACCUGCUGAUCUCUGCACACAGAACCAAUUCUAUGGAUGUGAACGUGUGGCAGGCCCAGCUAAUGAAUGGAGGUAUUUGAAUCCAAUCAAAUCUGCCAGAGUAAGGACAGCAGAGAGUUUUAAUUUCAAAUACGGGAGGGUUGAAGUAAAGGCCAAGCUACCAAUAGGUGACUGGUUGUGGCCAGCAAUAUGGAUGCUGCCAACACACCAGCAGUAUGGGAUAUGGCCAUCAAGUGGAGAGAUAGACAUCAUGGAAUCAAGGGGCAAUAGUGUGGAGGAUUACCCAUUUGGAGGCUAUGAAAGUUUCGGAUCAACUCUUCACUGGGGAAUUGACUACCUCCACAAUUACUUUGAUCAGACCCAUGUUACUAGGACACCAAAUGUAAACUUGACUGAAGAGUUUCACGUGUAUGGCCUAAUAUGGAAUGAGACAUACAUUGGUACUUAUUUUGAUGAUGAGUCCAAUAUUGUUCUACAUGUGCCAAUAAACCAAUCCUUCUGGUCUAGGACUGGCCUGCAGUCUCCACCAUGGGACAAUCCUUGGAAGGACACAGAGAUGAAUGCCCCCUUCAAUCAGGAGUACUACCUCAUUAUGAAUUUAGCUGUUGGUGGAGUGACUGGCUUCUUUCCUGAUGCACCCAAUAAGCCGUGGCAAAAUGGUCACUCUCAUGUAGCGAACCAGUUCUAUGAUGCUAAGGAUGAUUGGUACCCAACUUGGGAUGGAGAGAAUAGUGCACUCCAGAUUGACUCAGUGAGAGUAUGGACAUAUACUGAUGAUGAUAAUAGCACUGGAUCCUCUGGUGGAAUAAUGGUCUCCGCUGUUUCAUCUGCUGCUAUCUUCAUUCUUGCUACAUUUGCCUUCCUUAUUGCUGCUAAUUAACAAUCAUCAUUACACUCUGCCAUUUUAACUUUUACUUGAACUAGCUGCUGCUGCUAUUGUCAUUGUUACCCCCUUUCUUUUGAUAUUUAAGCUGCUUAACAAUUAUAUUUUCCUUUUUAUUUUUUGCCAUCAUAAGCUUUUUUCAUUAGAUGAAUUCAUUACAAAUAUAGUCUAUAGACU